UGUAACUCAGUGAGUGGUGAUGUACUACAGUGUAUCUGUACUGUGACUGUAACUCAGUGAGUGGUGCUGUACUACAGUGUAUCUGUGACUGUAACUCAGUGAGUGGUGAUGUACUACAGUGUAUCUGUGACUAACUCAGUGAGUGGUGAUGUACUACAGUGUAUCUGUACUGUAACUCAGUGAGUGGUGAUGUACUACAGUGUAUCUGUACUGUGACUGUAACUCAGUGAGUGGUGAUGUACUACAGUGUAUCUGUGACUGUAACUCAGUGAGUGGUGCUGUACUACAGUGUAUCUGUGACUGUAACUCAGUGAGUGGUGAUGUACUACAGUGUAUCUGUGACUAACUCAGUGAGUGGUGAUGUACUACAGUGUAUCUGUGACUAACUCAGUGAGUGGUGAUGUACUACAGUGUAUCUGUGACUGUAACUCAGUGAGUGGUGAUGUACUACAGUGUAUCUGUGACUGUAACUCAGUGAGUGGUGAUGUGUUGCCCCUUGAAACAGACGGAGCCCAACGUGAGGAAUAAGAUCCUUUACCUGAUCCAGGCCUGGGCCCACGCCUUCCGCAACGAGCCCAAAUACAAGGUGGUUCAGGACACGUACCAGAUCAUGAAGGUGGAGGGUCACGUGUUUCCAGAGUUCAAGGAGAGUGACGCCAUGUUUGCUGCAGAGAGAGCUCCAGAUUGGGUGGAUGCGGAGGAGUGUCAUCGCUGCCGGGUUCAGUUUGGAGUGAUGACUAGAAAGGUAAGGUAGCAUGGCAUACUGGCAGGAGGACGGACUGGCAGAAUGACAGACU